CGACGGCGUGGGUGCGCGCGCGCGCGCGCGCGCAUGAUCCUGGGAUAAAACCUCUAGAAACAACCGCCCCUCCCCCUCCAUGAAAAUAAAACAGAAAAGAAACUUCUUGUGAACUGCAAGUGUUUCUCCAAAAUACCAUGAAAGUAGUCGUUUCUGUGAGCAGAGUUUUAUCGCAAAGCACCCGCGCCCGCGCAGUUCAUCUCAUCUCCAGACCCCGUCGUCAUCCCAACCCGGCUCAGAGCCCGCAUUGCUGCGCAUUCGCAAACACUCAAUUCCCUGAGCUUCGGAAUAUCCGUACCUUCAACACAAUGUCCUCCAGCGCGACUGAACAAACGCAAGCAACGCCGGCGGCGGCGGCAGCACCAUCGGCGGAGGAGACUGCGCCGGCCAAGCCUGAAUUACCCCCUCUGACCCCGGCCGAGUUCAAGGUCUACAACCAAAUGGCAGAAAAGAUGAAUUACUUUCACAACCACUUCCGCCACCAAUGGACCCUCCUCCACACAGCAGCAACGACAAACCGCCGCCCCCAAAAUAUGUCCCUCAAACAAUUCCUCGACACGGGCCUUCAAUUCACCCGCCACCUCACAGCCCACCACGGCAUCGAAGAAGCCCACGUCUUCCCCAUGCUCGCCCGCCGCAUGCCCGAGUUCCGCGGCGGCCGCGGCGGCGAGCUGCUCAAGCAGCACAAGCAGAUCCACGACGGCAUGGACAAGUUCGAGGCCUACCUCCGCGCCUGCCGCGACCGCGAAACGGAGCUCGAGUUGGGCGUUCUUAAAGAGAAGAUGGAUAGUUGGGGCGAGGUGCUCUGGACACAUCUUGAUCAGGAGGUAGAGACGUUGGGGGCGGAGAAUAUGAGAAAGUAUUGGACGAUGGAGGAGGUUAGGAGGAUGCCCAUGUAAACACCACAUUGCAUUGGCGUUGAAACCGGGAACAGAGAGGGAAGGAGAGAGAGGU